UUUAUUCAUUUAGCUUUUCUUUUUUUUUGUACUAUUUUAUUCACUUAAUUACUUUUUGAUUGUUGUUCCAUUGUCGAGGCGAUCCUGCAAGUCAGAAUUUCAUGGCACUGUUCUCCACCUACAUCAUGUGUAUGUGAUUUAUCAACAGACUAGAACUUCAACUUCUGGGUCAUUGUGUGCUCUCUUACGACCACACUGGGUCAUGAGAAAGGUCAACGGGGGUAUUGUCGGGAGUCAAAAAUGAGGCCAACAACGGUUUCGUUUACAUCCAACACUGCAUGAAACAUCAUAUCAGCCCAAGGGAACCUGCAUUUUCAAGAACAUUGACAAAAGAAAUAGGCAAUUUUCUCUGCGUGACACCCUCAACACAAUGUAAUCGUUUGAAUAAGCAGAGCAACGUUGACCUUGUUGCUGUCCUAUCCCAAGAAGGAGCCCUGGCUAUAAGAGCACCUGUAAUGAAGCAGGACAGUCAAGAUAUGAACACAGCAAGGAACGCAAAAAGAAAAUGAAACUUCUCAGCGUUGUACUUUUUGCCAUGAUGGGCACAAAGAAAAGUCAACUACAAUUAAUUGACUGUGGAACAAACUUAAGACGGCCACAAUACACUGACAUCUCGGUAACUUGUGGAACCAAAUCUAUUGGCCUGGCUAUCCUCAUCUGCCCAGCCAUGUACACUGGCUACAACGAGUCCCUGCUUAUCCUCAACCACGUCAUGAAUGGCCCAGCCUGCAAGGGAACCUUAGAUCAAAGUGUGAUUCCACCUGUCGUGAGGUUUGAAUUCCCCCUCAACACAACCAAUUCCUGUGGCAGCCUCUUCAGGACAACCAGCGCCGCAGGCACAGGAAUAUUCUCUGACUUCUCCAACCUCCAGACAGUCAACAUCAGCGGGGUGGUCCGAUCAUAUGAUCCCACCACAGGGCCAGUCACUUACAACACUGAGUUGAAGUAUUAUUACUCCUGCGCCUAUCCCUUAGAGUACCUGACCAACAACACCCAGAUUGAUACGUCUGCAUCUUCUAUUGCGGUUAAGGACAACAAUGGUACUUUCAUCAGCACUUUGAGUCUUAAUCUUUUCAGCGAUGACAACUACAUUUCGCCCUUAAUCAUUCCGAAACAGGGUCUUGAGCUGAGGACCGAAAUCUACACUCGAGUCCAAGCCACCAACCUGACCUCCCAUUACCAUGUGUUCCUGGACCAAUGCUACGCCUCCAUUUCUCCACAACCCGACAGUGACAACUCCACUAUCUUCAACCUGUUUGUCCCUUGUAACGUCGACCCGUUGACCGUCAUCAGAGAGAACGGAGAGAGUCAACGUGCCUGCUUCUCCUUCCCGGCCUUCCGGUUCAUGGAGCAACCAAAUGAGAUGAUGUCCACCUACUUCCUCCACUGCAUCACCCGUCUCUGUGAGGAGAGCACCUGCAGUGCUCUUAAACAAUGUACCAACCGGAGGAGAAGGAAUGCCGUUCCCGAAAUUGUAGACGGAGUGACAGGGUACACAACCAUUAGCUCUACUCCUAUCACCAUCAGGGCAGAAAGAGUUGUGGCAAUAAAAGAACAGGAGACUGCCAGCAACAACUCAGACACUUCUACAGGACUUGGUGUGGCAGUGGGCUUUCUGGCAUUCGUCUGCAUUAUUGUCCUUAUAAUGGCAGCAGUCUUCUACAGGACACUCAAACCAUUAAAAAGGGGGUUGACUGCUCCACCUUGAAUGAGUUGAAAUAUGGGUCAGCAACACAGACGCCGUUGUCCCUUUAAAAUACAAGUCAGGUUGGUGGCAUUGACUUGAGUAUAAAUGGGGUCCUCAGCUCAAGACCGUGUGUGGUCCACCUGCUGGUCUCACUACUCUGGAGGAGGACUCAACUUAUCAUGCCUUUUUUCCACAUUUGUUUACAUUUGGGAGAUCUUGUUUUUCUAGUUAUUUGUCAGCUGUAGCUGAUUAAUGAUGUGUAUACUAAAGAAUAGAACAAUCCACCUUUUCGAGUGUUUAUAUAAAGACACGAUUACAGACUUAGUUAGUGCUGUGUUUAUGUAAAGACACGAUUACAGGCUUAGUUAGUGCUGUGUUUAUGUAAAGACACUAUUACAGACUUAGCUAGUGCUGUGUUUAUGUAAAGACACGAUUACAGGCUUAGCUAGUGCUGUGUUUAUAUAAAGACACGAUUACAGGCUUAGCUAGUGCUGUGUUUAUGUAAAGACACUAUUACAGACUUAGCUAGUGCUGUGUUUAUGUAAAGACACGAUUACAGGCUUAGCUAGUGCUGUGUUUAUAUAAAGACACUAUACAGGCUUAGCUAGUGCUGUGUGCAGGUGGUCAUUUAAUGUCAUGACUAAUGUACUUAUGUCGCGUUCACGUCCUGUCGCAGUGAUCGGAGGAACGACUUGGAGCGUUCACGUGCUCGGAGCUCAGAAGGAAAGCAAGAUCCGUUCUCACCAUUGACCACCCGAAAUCACGGUCAUGUUUGUGGUGCGUGAAGUCAGUGUUCAGCAUGUGGGAAAGAGAUCAUGGCCAAGUUUCCUAGUCGUAACGACAAGUUGGAGGGGUGUUCACGUGCAUAUAUCCCAGUAGGAAGGUCGUAUUUACGAUUUACCCGACAAAAUAUGAACGCGGGCAUGAAGGCAGCUCUGCCCCGAUGAAAGAAUUAAUGUGGUUGGUUGACUCAAUUACGAGGGCGGGGCUUACAUUUUAUUUCAAACCUGCUGCAUGCUCUGAAAGGAUAAUUUAACCAAUCUGCUGUUAUGGUGAGUGAGCAAUUUUGGGGUGAUUUAUUGUAUGAUUCUGUUUUUAAGAUAACUAGCUAUAUUUAUCAUUGGAAAGUUGUUCUAAUCUCACAAAUAUAGUGAACAUGUAUAUUAAAAAAAUUAUAUCUUCUUCAUUAAACAACCUCCCUAGAAAGCUAGCUGGUGCUGGUAAAAUGGCUCGAUAACUAAUUGUAACGUGGCGAGAAUCACUAGACUGCCUCCUACAAACGGGAAGGUACGUGCUUCGACUAACCUCAGCGCCCCUCACACAUUGGGGCCAUGUGUUCCGACUGCCUCACAGCCACCAUCCCACUUCUGACACCAAUGUAGCGAACGGAGGGAGUGGGAAGCGAACCUGAGUCUCCAGCGUGAAAGGCAAACAACCUACGCAAUCCCGCCAAUAUGGAAAGCAAAGAUUGCUACAGUAUGCUUUGUUGAUUUUGAUUAUUUAACCCCCUAGAGUCUAUUGAUGCACCGGCGCAUCCAUAUAAGAGACAUAGUAAAUAAAUCUGCCACAAAAUCUAUCAAUUUAAGACAGAGAUAUCUGCUUUCUUGCAUGGACUUCGUCUCAAUCCACCGCAUCCACCUACGUCGCCCUUCCUCUUAUGCAGUGGAAAGUGGCAGAGCUACAGCGUUGAUUUAAACUGAGUGAGAUCGAAUGUGAAUGGUCCAAAAAAAGGUGUCAAUGGAAGCCAGUUUGGAUUUGGCUUCAGACCAAUCACCAAUCAAAAGCAAAAUGUCAUUGUCAGAAAAAACUUGAAUUGUUGUGUCGUUGUCCUCCGGUGGCUAUCCAGCUAGCUAAAAUGUACCCUUCCCCAAAUUUGCCAUAUAUGGAGAUAGAGAUUUGGACUUGUGGUUUUACUUAACUCUCUGUACUGGCCAAUGAUUAAAACGGCAAUUCUGAUCCAACCAUAAAUUCAUAAAUUGUUGUGCCUCUGCCCUGAGAGGAUGGAAGUUCAAUAUGUAGUUAGAUGUAGUACGCUAAUCUUAACUAGUUGGCUCAUCAUUGCCCAUGAAAGGAAGCUAGGCUAGCGAGCAAGCGUUUUAGCAAGGUAGCCAAGAACAACAAAACUAAAAGAGUGUACUGUAUGACAGAUUCAUAGACCGCUUCGUCAACAUGAACGAGAGGAGGAUGACAUUGGCGUUUCUCUACAAGUAGGGUGAGUCAUGUUUUUCUACUUUUCUACACACACACACACACACACA